AUGGCGACGGGCGCCUCCAUUAUGACACAAUCUCAGGUGAGGGGAUCGGCCGCGGAGGAGACGCUCGGAGCUGGCCCCACACAUCGUCAACAGCAACAGCAAAAUCAAAAUCAACCACUAUCUACGGCAGUCUCGACAGCCUCGGCACGAACAAUUGAGCCUCUCAACAUCGAAGCCAGUUUAGACACAGAGCCCGACUACCAAACAGGCACCGAAUUUUGGUUCACCAUCAUCGCACUGUGCGUGAUCCUUAUCCUCGGAGGGCUGGACGCCAACAUCGUCGCUACAGCCGUACCGAGCAUCACUAGCCACUUCCAAACUGUCGCCGACGUAGGAUGGUACUCGUCUGCAUUUCGACUUUGCACUUGCGCGUUCCAAUUCGGGUUCGCGAAGUUGUAUAAGCUCUUCUCAAUCAAGGCCAUCUUUAUGCUGAGCAAUGUUAUAUUCCUCAUCGGCUCUUUACUCUGUGCCACGGCUACUUCGUCGACUAUGUUCAUUGGAGGGAGAGCAUUAGCGGGUCUGGGCUUUUCGGGUGAAAUGGCUGGGUGUUUUGCGGUCACGGUGCAGAUUCUGCCGCUCAACAAGCGGCCAGUGUUUGCGGGUUUGAUGGCGGGUGUGGAAUCGCUUGCGAUUAUUGCGGCGCCUAUAGUAGGUGGUGCAUUGAUGCAGUCUUUGGGGUGGAGAUGGUGUUUCUGGAUUAACUUUCCUAUUGGCGUUGUAUCGCUGGUGACCAUUGUAUUCCUCUUCUCAAACCCAAGAACUCGCCUAGAGGACGACCUUACACUGACUCAGAAGAUUAGAGAGCUCGACCUCGUCAGUAACUGCUUGUUCAUCCCAUCCCUACCAGCGCUCUUCGUUGUAUUUGCUGUGCUACUCGCCGCCUUCGUCUUUAAUCGAUAUCGACGCGGAGACUCAGCAGCACUCCCUUUCCGCAUCAUCAAAAGCCGAAGUGUCAUCGCGGGCUUCAUCUUCACGACAUGCACUAAUUCGAUGACGAACGUCCUGGAGUGGUACUUACCAAUAUACUACCAAGUCGUUCGUUCCAAGACCCCAGGCGAGAGCGGCUACCUGAUGAUCCCCAUCCUCGUUGGAAUGAUGCUCGGGCUCUUUCUUCAGGGUAUCGGCACCACUAUGUUCGGCUACUACCCCCCCUUUAUGAUCUUCGCCUCCAUAUGCAUGCCAAUUGCCGCAGGCUUAAUGACAACAUACGAUCUCCACACAUCCCUAGUCCAGAUCAUCCUCUAUUCCGGAUUCGCAGGCUUCAGUGGAGGCAUCGGCUUCCAAAGCCCCAAAGCGUCUAUUCAGACAACGUUGAGUGCCGGAGAUGUCAAUCUUGGGAUCGGGGUCAUCUUGUUUGGGCAGAGUAUGGGUCCGGCGGUAUUUAUCGCCAUUGCGCAGGUUAUAUUCAUGAAUCAGUUGUCGUCAAAUUUGGAAGAUGUUGUACCAGGGUUGACACCUGCGUAUAUUGAUGAGCACGGACUUGGCGAUAUUAAGAAUGGGAUUCCCAUGCAGCGGUGGGAUGAGGCCUUGGGUGGUAUCGAUCGGAGCUUAACUUAUACUUGGUACCUUACUGUCGCGUUGGCUUGCACGACGAUGGUAGGAAGUCUCUUGGUCGAAUGGCGCUCGGUCAAGGAGAAGCAGUCGUGA